AUGUCUUUUUGGGAGAUCAUGAGCACAGCAAAGUUUAAGCUCAUGAACGUCAAAACCUCUCUACUUCUAUCGGGACACAGUUUCCAGAAGUCAGUGCGAGCAUUUCGCUUGUAUUCGUUGUCUCCGCUCUUCAUUGCUAUCAAAUACACAGGAUUUCGAGACCGACCGCACGAGGAACGGCAGGCACGUUUUCAGAAUGCCUGCAGGGAUGGCCGUUCUGAAAUAGCAUUUGUGGCCACGGGAACCAAUCUUUCACUGCAGUUUUUUCCAGCCAGUUGGCAAGGAGAGCCACGCCAAGCACCAACACGAGAUUAUGUGGACUUUGAGAGGGAGUCCGGCAAGGUAUAUUUAAAGGCUCCAAUGAUCCUGAAUGGUGUCUGUGUCAUGUGGAAGGGAUGGAUUGACCUCCAGAGGUUGGAUGGCAUGGGAUGUUUAGAAUUUGAUGAGGACCGAGCACAGCACGAAGAUGCUCUGGCACAGCAGGUAUUUGAGGACGCUCGCAGGAGAACCCGAGAAUUUGAGGACAGAGAUCGCUCUCACCGGGAGGAAAUGGAGGCUCGGCGACAGCAGGACCCAACUGCGGGUCUUGGAAGCGGGGAUGAUCUGAAGCUCCGCUAAGUCCAAAGUUCUCAGCUUCCAGUCUCGGCCAUCUUCAGGACCAGGAGAAGAAAAGCCUGUGACAAUCUCCUGACAUCCGACCUCUCGGCCACCUGUCUACGCAUGCUACCUGCACCCUCUACAAACGGUUCAUGUCAGCCGCCUCUAUGCAAGCUCUAUGCCGCAUGUGAACUGCACACAGACGGCCGUAGGGUUUUAUUAACGGUUUGAUGACAGGUCACGAUUUUUCUACAGAUUAGUUUUUGGUACAGAUUAUCGUAUGCUUCCAGCAUUUAAAUGUUGUCUGAUG